UCUUAGUACAACAUAGCAGCUAAAACUAGGAUCGGUGUUGUGUCACGAAUUUUCCCGCAGUAAUUCAGUAAGUUUUGUGAUCUUUGGAGCAAACAUCUGUAAAAGCGAUGGGGACAAUUACAAACGUUCUACUCUGCAUCUUUGUCGUGGGUUUUGCUCAAACUGAGGUGAUUUUAGAGCCGGACAGGCCCUUUUUGAGGGUUCAGGUCUAUAACACAGCUGAGCUAGAAUGCUGCUGGACCGCUAAGUCUUCAGGGAAAUUCAAGUGGAUCAAACACCUUGCCAACAAAACAAUCCAUGUUCUAGAACAUUCGCCUCAAGGAAAAGUCAAAUAUUAUGGCCAAUCGUGUGGCAACCUGACCUUGGAUCCGGUCCAGCUGAAUGACACUGGGUUCUACCAGUGUCAGCUGAUUGUCGAUGACAUCUAUCUCAUCUCACAUGGCACCUACCUGCAAGUCUACAAGCCGAUGGAGAAGACAAUCAACCUCAGCGAAAAAACCAAAAACAGGAUCCUGACCGCUCAGGGAAUCUUACUGCUACUGUGUGUGCUUGUGCCUUCUCUCAUCAUUCUCUUCAAGUCAAAGAGACUUUAUGUACUGGAGAAGAAGAAAUCAGUGAAGGAAGAGGAAAACAUUUACCAGGGGCUAAAUCUGGACGAAUGUUGGUCCACAUAUGAUCAGAUUGAACGCUCCCAGGCACAUGGCCCGUACCAGGAUGUGGGAAACAUUAAGGAGGAAGAGGAGCAGAUCCAGCUGGAGAAACCUUGAAGAAAAGGGAAAAGAUAGAGAAAGGGAAGGAAGAAGGGAAUAGUGUUGAGUCUAUUUUCAGGGCUGAAGUUUAACAGUGUGAUAUCUGAAUAAAACAGUUUCAUUCUUUACAACACAGAUUUGGAGUUUUGUACAAAGCCUGCGUUUACAGUUUUAGCAUUUGAUAACAUUGUUUAAUUGGGUUGCUUAAUAUGAGAUUGAACAUUGAUUAACCACAGGGUCACCUCAAUCAGGGCCAUUGCCAGGAUUAUAGAAAUGUUGACGUCAGAAGUCCAAAGGAUUUUUCUAUGUUUGAUGAUUCAGCUGUUUGAUGCAUUCAGCUGUAGGCAUUUAAUCAAGUUUGUUGUCUAUUCCUCCUUUUCAAAUUCAAUUAAAAGUCUCUUAAUCUGUCUUUUUAAACCUGUAUAGAGCUUAUAUGUAACCUGAAAUUAUAAAAAGAGAAGCUAUCCUUUAGAUACUCAAAAGUAUCAAGGUCUUGCACUCAGUAGCUGGACUAAGCUUUUGGACAUAACACAUGAUUUUCCUGAGCAACUUGUCACUCCAUAUUCUUUGAAUAGGGCUGAAACUAAAUUUUCAAUCCAACAUAGGCGAGAAGUCCUUAAAGAGGUCCGUAAAAAGUUAACAAUGAUUCUUCAAUUGCACGACAAUCGAAUUUGUGAGCUGGUGGUAGUUUGUUUUGUUAGCAGCUUUCAGCUUCUUCUCUCUACAGUACCAGUCAAAAGUUUGGACACACCUUCUCAUUCAACUACUUUGAAGAAUCUAAAAUAUAAAACUUAUUCUGGUUUGUUGAGCAUUUGUUUGUUUACCACAUAAUUCCAUAUGUGUUCCUUCAUAGUUUGGAUGUCUUCAAUAUGAAUCUACAAUGUAGAAAA